UCACAGUCACAGACAUACAAAUACAACGAUAAUCCCCCUGGUGAGGCGUAUACAUAGUCAGGGGACCAUAUCUGGAAAAAGCGAGUAAUUAGUCCUCCAUUUUGUCGUUUGUAUAAAACCGUCGACUGUAAAAACGAUUUGUGGUCAAACACGACUCAUAACCCCAACAAAUCCAAUCGUCGGAGCAAAUCGAAACUUUAUCAAUUCGAAACCGGUAUACUCAAAUGUUGAAAGUAAUUUGUGUAUAGAUAGAGAGGAUGCGAGGACCAUUGAUUUCAUUAUUGCGCCUUUUGGCCGUGAUCCCGGCUGCAUUUGGUACUCUGCCCAUCUCACCCAACUCCGGCUCCUCUGUUCUUUCCGAUCAACUUCAGCUUCCUCACCCGAUCCCAGUUCAGAUCAACUCCACACCUAAACAUGAUUCCAUAUUGGUGGCUGCUCCAGAUGGCACAUUAUAUCAGGUGGAUAUCAGUUCAGGUAAAAUUAUUUGGUCUUUCCCAUCGGGCACACAAAUAUACGAUGCACAUCAAGCUCUUAAUUUGGAAGAUGUUGAGCAUAAUUCAUCUAGACAGCAUAAUAAGUUCUAUAUCGACUGCGGAGAUGACUGGCAACUGUACAUCCAUGGCAUCAAUUCCAAAGCAGAGAAACUUCCAUUUGAUGUUGAAGAAUUAAUUGGAAGAACACCGCACGUUUCAGUUGAUGGAGUUCUGAUAGGAUCCAAAAAGUCAACUGUAUUUCUUGUUGACCCGCAAACCGGUCGUGUCAUUUACACUUUCAAAUCAGACGGGGGUCCAAGUUCUGAACGGAGUUCCAUAGUACUUAAAAAAGAUGCUGAUAAAUGGAAGGAACCAACCUCAUUUGAUAUUGAGCGUGUUGACCAUAGUCAACUGCUUUACAUCAAGAGGUUUGACUAUGAGCUAACUUAUUCUUCGUCGACAACUGGAAACGUUUUGUGGUCUCUAAUGUUCGCUGAUUUCGAAGCUUCUCGCCAAUGCCGUGGUUCUAAUAACUUUUUAGGCGGAAUUAAACGCGAUGAACAGUUGCAAGACUUUUGCCAGUCGAAUCCACCUGUUUUCCGAGCUCGUGAUCUCCGACAAUUGGAAUUAAUUUUUUUGAUUAAUAACAUACAAAUGCCACUACAAGGUGGUCAAACGUUUGCUCCGCUUGCUCUACCUUCUCCUGACGAUGAAACCAGUUCGUUAUCCACUCCCGUUUCGUUGCCAAAGCCCUUCGUUUUUAAACCCGAAAUCCCGCAUCAACUUGUUCCUUACGUGCCACUGAUUCCUCACGAUAAGCAUGCUAAAAAUCAUGCAAGUAUUUAUGUGUGGUUGCAUGGUUUUCUGGUUGCAAGCUUCUCGUUCUUCAUAGCCCUAAUUUUGUACUUUUGGAAUUUCGGGAUGAAGAAACGGAACAAAGUAAAAGAUUUCGUUAACAAUACGAAGGUGCAAAAUGCGACACCGAAAAAAAAGAAGGCGCGAAAAUCUGCUAGCAGUAGGGUUGAGGCUAAUAGUGAAAACCGAAUAACAAGCGGGUUUCAGUAUGUUGAGAUAAGUCAACUAAGUGAACGUAAAAUUGGCAAGUUGUUGGUUUCUGAUAAGGAAAUUGGGAAGGGGAGUAACGGUACGAUUGUACUUGAGGGGGUUUAUGACGCUCGGCCCGUUGCUGUGAAACGGAUUGUAAAGUCACAUCAUGAUGUUGCGUUGAAAGAGAUUCAAAAUCUGAUUGUUUCUGAUCAUCAUCCUAAUAUUGUUCGUUGGUAUGGUGUUGAGUAUGACCAAGAUUUUGUUUAUAUCGCUCUUGAGCGGUGCGUUUGUAGCUUACAUGAUUUGAUUUUGUCGCAAAACAAUUCAACUGUUGAGGAUUUUAAAUUAUGGAAGCCCAAUGGGUAUCCUUCACAUGAGUUGUUGAAAGUAAUGAGAGAUACGGUUACCGGACUUUCACAUUUGCAUGAACUUGGUAUCAUUCACCGAGACUUAAAGCCUCAAAAUGUGCUGAUACGCAAAGAUACCAGCUCUAUUAGUGCAAAGGUUUCUGAUAUGGGUAUCAGCAAACGUCUACCUGCUGAUGUGUCUUGUUUAACAAAGAGUGCAACAGGUUACGGGAGUUCAGGUUGGCAAGCACCGGAGCAACUUAGGAAUGAACGACAAACACGUGCUGUGGACUUGUUCAGCUUUGGGUGCCUGCUCUUCUUCUGUAUGACUGGUGGUCGACACCCGUUUGGUGAGGUGCUUGAGCGUGAUUUAAACAUCCUAAAUGACCGCAAAGAUCUCUUCUUGGUAGAUAAUAUUCCAGAAGCUUUCCAUCUUAUCUCUAAUCUGUUACAUCCCGACCCAGAGUUCAGACCAAAAGCCUCAGAAGUAUCCAACCACCCUCUGUUUUGGGAUCCCGAGAUGCGUCUCUCAUUUCUCCGAGACGCAAGUGAUCGUGUAGAACUUGAAGACCGUGAGACGGAUUCCGCUCUUUUGAAAGCACUAGAAAACAUCGGCACAGUUGGUUUAGGAGGUAAAUGGGACGAGAAGUUAGAUAACAUCCUCCUCAGCGACAUUGGGCGUUACAGAAAAUACACGUAUGAUAGCGUGCGUGACUUGUUACGGGUCAUAAGAAACAAACUGAAUCACUACAGGGAACUCUCGAAAGAAAUCAGAGAUGUGUUGGGGCCCGUUCCAACAGGGUUCGAGAGCUAUUUUAGUAGCCGGUUUCCGAAACUUGUUAUGGAAGUAUACAAAGUGUUGCAAGAAUAUUGUGGGGAAGAAGAAUUCCUCCAUAAGUAUUAUAGACAAGCUUAGUUGUAACUUAAAAGUGUGUUGUUGACCGUUGAUGCUUUUUUUGGUCAACAAAUUGUAAGAUGGUGUACAUAGUAUUUUGAAUAUGUUAUAGAACUAAUACAUAUAUCCAACUUUAAACUUUACCCAGUUUAAAUGUACGAGUCAAGUGGAACUUGCUGCACUUUGACUUUUUAGGUCAAACCUGCUUCCCAAAAUUUAAAAUGGACUAGGUGGACUUUGCAUG